CUACAAGCCGGUGAAGUCGCAGAAUGGAAUCCUUGGCCCGAAAACCCAGAAAUGGGAGGGGCAGGGGAGGUGGGGACAGAGUGGGAGGAGGUGGGGACAGAGCGGGAGGAGGUGGAGGCGAAGCAAUUCUACAACCCGGGACGGUCUGGCCUGCUUUUCCUCCCUGAACCGGCCCAAUGACUGGCUCCCUCACGCUGACCACUCCUCUGGGCUGACCUCCUGCACUCGCCCUCGCACUAACAGCCCAGGCUCCAAGGACAGCCUGCGUUCCUGGGCCGGCUGGGUGCAGCUCUCUUUUCAGGAGAGAAAGCUCUCUUGGAGGAGCUGGAAAGGUCCCACCCUCCCUCUACUCAGUCUGUCCUGCUGGGAACCGUGGUCAUCUGCACUGUGCCUUCCUUCAUCUUCCAUCCUGCCAGUGCUGCCUGGUGUGUCUCUUAAACCCAUGCCUCCUCUGUGUGCGCCACCUGCACUUUGGUGCCCGACUCCAGCCAUGCUGGCGCUACUGUGUUCCUGCCUGUUCCUGGCAGCCGGUGCCUCCGACGCCUGGACGGGCGAGGACUCGGCGGAGCCCAACUCUGACUCGGCGGAGUGGAUCCGAGACAUGUACGCCAAGGUCACGGAGAUCUGGCAGGAGGUCAUGCAGCGGCGGGACGACGACGGCGCGCUCCACGCCGCCUGCCAGGUGCAGCCAUCAGCCACGCUGGACGCCGCGCAGCCCCGGGUGACCGGCGUCGUCCUCUUCCGGCAGCUCGCGCCCCGCGCCAAGCUCGACGCCUUCUUCGCCCUGGAGGGCUUCCCGACCGAGCCGAACAGCUCCAGCCGCGCCAUCCACGUGCACCAGUUCGGGGACCUGAGCCAGGGCUGCGAGUCCACCGGGCCCCACUACAACCCGCUGGGCGUGCCGCACCCGCAGCACCCGGGCGACUUCGGCAACUUCGCGGUGCGCGACGGCAGCCUCUGGAAGUACCGCGCCGGCCUGGCCGCCUCGCUCGCGGGCCCGCACUCCAUCGUGGGCCGGGCCGUGGUCGUCCACGCUGGCGAGGACGACCUGGGCCGCGGCGGCAACCAGGCCAGCGUGGAGAACGGGAACGCGGGCCGGCGGCUGGCCUGCUGCGUGGUGGGCGUGUGCGGGCCCGGGCUCUGGGAGCGCCAGGCGCGGGAGCACUCCGAGCGCAAGAAGCGGCGGCGCGAGAGCGAGUGCAAGGCCGCCUGAGCGCGGCCCCCACCCGGCGGCGGCCAAGGACCCCCGAGGCCACCCUCUGCCUUUGAGCUUCUCCUCUGCUCCAACAGACACCCUCCACUCAGGUCUCACCUUCGCCUUUGCUGAAGUCUCCCCGCAGCCCUCUCCACCCAGAGGUCUCCCCUAUACCGAGACCCACCAUCCUUCCAUCCUGAGGACCGCCCCAACCCUGGCAGCCCCCCACUCAGUAGGUCUGAAGGCCUCCAUUUGUACCGAAACACCCCGCCCACGCUGACAGCCUCCUAGGCUCCCUGAGGUACCUUUCCACCCAGACCCUCCUUCCCUACCCCAUAAGCCCUGAGACUCCCGCCUUUGACCUGACGAUCCUCCCCCUUCCCGCCUUCAGGUUCCUCCUAGGCGCUCAGAGGCCGCUCUGGGGGGUUGCCUCGAGUCCCCCCACCCCUCCCCACUCACCACUGCUCCCGCGGCCGGCCAGCCGGUGCAGCGGAAGCCAGGCCAACUGCCCCGCGUCUUCAGCUGUUUCCCAUCCACCGCCACCCCACUGACAGCUGCUCCUUUGGGGGAUGUUUGGCAACCUUUGUGUUACACAUUAAAAAUUCAGCAAUUCA